UGUAAACAACACAUCCCAUUGUUGAAAAUGGAGAACCAAGAAAUAAAAGAAAAAACAUGUUAUCAUAUUAUACCCCAAAAUCAAAAUUAACCAGCCAAAUUAACAUUUCAUCCACAUUACCUGCUCAUUAAAGAGACAAUUAAUAGAUAAAAACAAUCUAGAAAUCAAGUUGAAAAAAUAUUCAAGGACAAAAAACUCAGGUAGUAAGUGACAAUAAAAAGAACAAUGAAUACAACUCUAGAACUCCAAAACAUCUCCACCUCCUCAAACCCAUCAGUCAUCACCUUCCCUGUAAAAUAACAGCUUGUUAUUAAAAAAAUGUCACCAUUCUAUUUGCACAAAACAAAGAGAGAGAAAGUUGAAAAUCUGAUACCAAUUAAUUGAUCUCCUCAAUACAACACUUCAAGUUAGCUAUAUACAUCAUGUCCAAAAUCCAAAUAACCCAAAGCAUCCUUUUAAGAAACUCACAAAUCUAUAAAACAAUCACAGUUCCAAAUCAACCAAGACCAUCACGGUGCCUAUUGUUGACUACUCAACUAAGUUUCUAGUCCAAAAUUUUUUAGGUUGAUUACAUAUGACUUUAAUGCAUCAAAGUCCUAAUCUAUUUUUAGAAAUGCUUUGAGGUCAUUUGGACAUAAAUAGGCAAAAUAAUGAUGUAGGGAGAACAACCUCCUUAAAUGCAAUCAAUUAAUUCCUUUCCACACCAAUAUCUGUAUUUCAUGUUUAGUAAUCUAAUAGAAAAUGGUCCCACAAGCUGAAUCAAGCCAACAUUCACAA